AUCCGGGUUUCCCUUUCGCGUGUGCUAUCGAGAGGAAAAAUCCCCCCUCCCCAUAUCGAAAAGGUAUGGUCCCGAAAAUUUGUCUUGCUGAUUUGAGACCACAGAUCGCGUCUGUCUUGCAAGAAGACAACUCCGCAGGCUCUGCCGUAUUAUGAAGGCGGUUUGUGAUGCUGUUGGGCCUACAGCAUAGACGUUUCUCAUGCUAAGCGCCUAGGCAAAAAGCUCUCUACUCAGGCUUGGCAGGAGCCUGCUGCCCUCUACUGCAAGACAAACCUGAUUUGUAUACGCAAAUCCAGCAUCAGAAACUUCCUUUUGAUAUGGGGAGGGGGGAUUUUUCCUCGUGAUAUGUGCUUCGUGGAGUUUCUCAAGAGGUUUUUCUGCGUGUACCCGCGAAAGAUUCGCGCGAAGCUGCUCCAAGACCACAAAUUCGUUCCAGUACCGCGGCCGAGCGGAAGAAAUUCAUCAUCAUCUUCCAAGGGCGGCGGCGUAGCACCAGCUGCAGAGACAACUGCAGAUAGAGCUGCUGCCGCCGCCGCGAGGGACCCGCUUUCUUUGCAGGCCAUGCUCGAUUUUGUAACCAGCGGAUCAUCUUCAUCUUCUUCGGGUAGUUGUACUAGUAGUUCUUCGACGGCCGGUAAGACUGCUUCGAUGCAGCAACGGAUGAAGGACGUGGUAUCCUAUUUACCAAUGCUGCUGGGACACCGGGACGCGGUGAGCGAGGAGGAUUUUGUGGUGGGGAAAACAAAAGUUUUCAUGCGCCUCGUCGUGCAGCGAAGUCUCCUCUACCAGAAGAACCUCGCGCUGGUGUCCCAAGCGACACAGAUUCAGAAGAUCUACCGCGGCUUCCGGGUACGGCAACGGACGCGUCAGACGCUGAAGCUCACGCGUCUUUUGUCUGUGUUCCUGAAGCAGGCGGACGGAAUGUACGGAAUCGACGUGACGGAACGCAUGGUCUCGCGCACGUUGAAGCCCGCGGAAGUCCUGGAAGGUGAGACUAUGAGAGUGCACAACUCCCCCUCCCCCUCUUCAUUUGUGAUGCAAAAACCCAGAUCCACAUCUUGUCUGUAAGCACAGUUAGCAUGACAAAUUUUAGAACCACAAACAGCCCUACAAUCCGUGUGUAGAUUUGUCAUGCGCAGGCUCCAUUUGAGCUGGUGUCUGUAUUGCUGCUCAUACAAUACAAAUGAGGGGGAGGGGCGGGAGUUGUGCAAUCUCAUAGAGACCGUCAUGAAUUUAGACCAAGUGGACGAAGCCGCGAACCAGCUGCCCGCCAUAUCCUGAGUAAAAACGUACCCACACCAGAGUUGUAGUGCAGAUUUGAAAAGAGAGGAAGACUUGUAAUGCGCAUCCCCAUGAGAGCCACUUCCAGUCGUGUUUUGGAAUUUGUGACGCUGUGAACAGGAUGAGCAGAUGAAUCUGUGAUGCGGCUGCACUUGCUAACCUGCACUACACUGCAUAGCGCAACUUGUCAUGCCGACUCACAAAGCUCCUAGGUUUGUGUUGCAAAAUCCCCAUCGGGACUCUGGCGUGGGUACGUUUUUACUCAGGAUACGCCAACAGUGUCCCGACAGCACUUUUGCUCCUCGGCACACACGCGGCGGUCCCCGAUCCCUCCGGAGGACCGGCGUCGCCACGACCGCGGCGACCCGCCCACGAGCCGCUCAGCGGCCGGCAGGAGGCCCAGGAAACCGUGGCGAACCUGGAGAGGCAGCAGAAAUGGUGCGCGGACCGAGUGGACGAGGGGAGGAGAAUGCCACUGCAACCGCCGAACCUGUUUCUCGCGGACGAAUUUUCCACCAGAAUAUUCAACGAGCUGAAUCUCGUGCACUACCUGCGAGACCGGGAGUACGAGGUGACGACGGACAUCAUCAAGUUGAACCGGUACGUCUCGCGCGCCAGAAUCCUUCACAACGGGGUGGACCGGUGGUUUUGCGCGGAAACCGGCAAGGAUUUUCGCAACGUACAGCGGGGGUACGCGGCCCGAGUGCUGCGCCAGCGCAUGGACAAGGUGACCGCGCAACUGCCCAUGCUCGAAGCGCUGCGUGCCUGUGCCCGAGAAACGGACGCCGAGGAGAUCGAUCGCGUCUUGAAAGGGAUCCAGCAAGCAGACGCGACUCUCGCCACCCGGGACGCAACUGCUUGGAUCAAGCCCGAAGGCGUCGCUCUCUUCAAAGCAGCCACGGACCGGUAUACGUAGCUAAAGAAGACGUAGAGCGACUUUAGCGCUCCUCUUUCCGGCCCAGUGAUGUAGUAGAUGUUUCUUGUGUGGGAGUAGUCAGUGCCAGGUGGACUCGUGAAAGGAAGUAGCCACGCUGUUUUCGUUUUGUUCUGGGAAAAGCGGGUUUCGACAUCAUACACUCUUGUCGCGCUCGCCCUCAUCUCUUUUGCAAUAAAUGCGAAUGCCUUUUUUACCAUUGAAAAAUAAACCGACCAGAAGAACUGUACUUUCGCAAGAACUCACUCCACAGCCUGAGCGAGCUCGGCGGUUGGCCCCCGCCGCCCAAGCCCGAGCCCGAGACUGCAGCGCUGCUCUCGCCGGAAAAGGUGCAACUCCAAGGGCGCACCAGCACCAGCAGUCAACAUGCGAAGAAGGUACCCACACCCUCGCGGCGGGUGUCCGUGGAGCGGAAACGCAAGAUGACGAUCACAGGGCUGGUGGAAUCCGAGGUUGAGGAUUUAAAACGCGAACUGUACAAAGCCAAGCUCACCUACGAUUGCUUCGGCCUCGGGAACUGUUUGCUUCUCGCCACGAAUAAGGGUCUCAAGUCGGACGACAUCGAGCCAUACAACCAGCUGUUCCAGAAGCUGUCGACCGUGGAGUAUUGUGGAAACCUGCUGACGCACGUGAGUAAGCAACUGUACGACUUGUACCACGGCAACGUGCCCAUUAACUACGAGUACCCGGACCAACAGGACGGAACGGGCUACCAAAUGGACGACCACGAGGAGUACGGCUUCAUGUACCGAAAAAAGGACCUGCUGCAGGAAACCGUGCGAAACCUGAUUGACCAGGCCAAGCGUUUGCGCGUGUCGAAGCCGAUCAUCGAAAACGCCCACAGCAUCCUCCGCGAAACCCUGGGGCCGCGAAACUCGGGCAGCGCGGCGUCCUCUUCCAGCAGCGCCGCGCACAAGCGGCGCAAAUCGCUCUUCUUCCACCCCGGCACCACACAGGUCGAGCUGAACGUUGCCGUGCGGGAGUUUGGAAUCCUCUACAACUAUCCGCACCUCCGCGAGACAAAACCCGUGAUCGACCCGUAAGAUUCGAAUACCUUGACUAUGACUUAGACUUUUGAGUAGAAUUGAACGCGCGUUGCCGUGAGUCGCACGGCAUGACGAUUAUCUUUAGAUUUUUAGUACUAUCUACUUUAACUUUAUAACUUUCGAAGAACUCAAACUCAAACUCAAGCAAAAGCCAAAUGGAUGUUGAAUCAAUGAAUUACACGUUGGAACAACAUCAAAUGAUAAUUUAAGAUCUAAUCAUGAUGAUCAUUUCCAAAAAAUUCUAAACAGGAAAACGGGUUAUGAUACGUUUCUGGAACACGGGAAGCAGCGCCUGCGCGCGCCGUUAACGACGACCGUCCCGGCAAAGCAUGUCGGCACCGUGUUGCAGUGCUUUCGCAACAUUUUGGGCUGGAUGAACGACCGACCGGUGCAGGACAGCAAGCGCGUGGUGCUCGCCUUUACCAUUGUCGCUAUGGCGAAGGCGGAACCCGAGAUCCGGAACGAAAUUUUCUUGCAGAGCAUGAAGCAGGUCCGCAACAACCCCAACCCCCGGUCGGAACUGCUGGGCUGGAAACUGCUGCACCUCUUGUGCCAGCAAGCCGCACCGAAGGCAGAUCUCGUGGAAUUCGUUGUCUGCUUCCUCAAAAUGACGGUCGAGUGCAACAGAAGGACGGCGAAACGGGUACAGUUGUACACGCUUUUUCUAUUCUUGUUCUCUUGAUUUUUCGUUUUGAUACUUGACCUGGUUGUCUCGCACUUCAUUUGUGAUGCUGCUUGAUGUUGUAGCACUUCAAAAGAUCCCUACGUGAACCUGGUUGAAAUUGGAAUUGCAUUUCACGCAUCGCAUGCAGCUCGAAAUUGCGGAAAUAGCGAAAGAUUGUUUCUAUGCGCUGGAGCAGAACUUAGAGGCCAUGGAUACAAAGGAGCAGGAGUCGCUAGGCUACAAUCUUUACAAGGCUGGAGUGGUAGCUGCAAAACCUCCACGUACUGUAAUUUGUUUUUUCUUCACUCACUUUAUAUCUAUGCGAAUCUAAAACCAUUCAAUUCAAGUAGCUAGGUCGUACUUAUCAAAAGUGCCGUUUGUGUUGCAUGCAUGUUUGCUCUUGGAAAAUGUAAAUGCCUGCCAGUGCUACUUCGCUCUUGGAUUUUCAACGGUCAACAUCCGCAGGCGAGCAAAAGGCAGAGCAGCAAGCGAACACCGUUAAAAUCGAAGUUUUUCUAAUGGACAACACGGCACGGAAAUUGCGGUGCAAGCGACACACCACGAUUGGGGAGCUCGGCACAAAAAUGGCAGAAAUCCUGCGCAUGUCUCCUGAAAACAGCAUUGGGUACACUUGAGAAUUUGAUUUGAUGUACUAAUAUCAAUCUCGCAGCACCCCGCCAGCCACAAAGGUAGAGUUCUUCUUCAACAAGCGCAACACAGAAUUUGCUGCAAGAAUUAGAUUGAUACACUUCCUCGGUGCUGACGUUUAUUCAUUUUCCUCUUCAUUGCCCAGCUUCGGGUUCUUCCAACUUAUGGAAGACAUCGUCGAAACGCACCGGAUUAUCCCGGAUAACGUAGCCCUCGGCGACCUGGUAGACAAGUGGGACUCGCUGUACCGCAAAUGUGGCCGACAGUCCCGGCUCCUGUGGAAGCGGCAGUACCUGAUCAAGACGGAAAACAUCGCCUGCAACGACCAGUCUUUCGCCAGCUUAACUUUUCGCCAGGCCUACUUUGAGUACCUCCGGUACCCAGCGGCCAUGCCAAUAGUGGUGCGACCGAGCUCGUGCAAUCCUCAUCUCGCAGGGCUGCUGGAGGAUGUUUGCGGUGAAGUAGACGCUGCGGCGUUCUGUACGAAAGCAGCUGCUGGUGUUUCUACUUCUACUUCCGCCUCAUCCAGUAGUACUUCGUCCUCUUCUUCAUCAAGUUGUAAACCGAAACCAACCGCUACCGCAAACACGGCCGGACAGACGUUCAACCCGCCCGCACGCGGAACCACUGCAGAAGAUGGCCGGGCGAAAGCGCAGAAGUCCUCUGAAGGGGGUCCAACUACUACUGCUGUUGGCGGUGUCGGUCCGUCAGAUAAAUCUCCUACUUCGCCUGAAGGUGUGAAGAAGGACGAUCUUCCGAUAAUCUCCGAGGAGGACAGAGAGCAGAAUGCGUUGUUUUCGGUCUUCCACCACGUGGCGUGCUGCGUGUUGUCACUCGAGUACCGAUGGUUCCGCGAAUUUGUCGAGGCUGGGAACCUGGUCCCCAUAUUGGAGAAGCUGCUGCCAACCGUCGUGUUGGUCAUGUCCGCGCUGCGGCACGGGCCGCUGCCGGAGGAGAAGCGGGCCACCAUCGUGCGCCAGAUGGAAGAGGUCACGUUGAAGAACGCAAAGUCGACACUGCACGCCGCCAAACACAGCGUCGCGCCACCACUCCCCGCAACUGACCAAAACGCAAUUCCGAUGUCGUUGCGGGAGCAGAGCGUCCAGGCGCUCCCGAUUCCGGCCGUAGCGCAGACGGAGCGCAACAUGGCGUGCGCAGUUCCCGCGCACCCGCCGCAACAGCUCGACGCCAUAUUUCGCGGAAACCACUUGAUAGUGCCACCCCUGGUAAAUGAUCCCGAGUUCGUGGGUCUGCACGUCGUGCACAGUCAGAACUUCCAUUUGUUCCAACAGCGUGCCCGAGAGCAGGUGGGAGAUGUUUGCAUUAGCACAUCAACUCUCAAGAACCGGGAAGCAGGAGCUCCGCCGCCCAGAACACCGCCUAAAGAUGGCACCAGCUCCUGCGAAGUAGAUGCUCUUGACAGCAGCGAGGAUGACGAGCAGCUGCCGCAGCCUCCGCGAAAGAGCAUAAAUAUCGAGGGUUUAGGCACCAUAAAUGUCAACUCUGUCGUUGCAGUAGAUAUGGACUGCGCGAACGCGAUAAACAACAGUCAAACGAACGCGCAAACAAGUGCGAUUCUUGCUCUCGGAAACCAGGCCGUCAGUGCGAACAUGCUGCUUGGUCCGCCGUCGUCGAUCCCGGAAGGAGGCUUCGAGACACCCGUGCGAGGCUCUUUGUUGUCGGAGGCGAAUGUGAAAAAAUUGCCAACCGUGCCAGCAGUGACCGGACUGGCCGCGGCAGCCUCAAAACCUUCUUCCGAAGUUGUCAGCAGCAGGCUUCCCUUCAUCGUUUCCGACUACUCGCGGAUGCCGUCGCUGCGGCAGUGGUCCGACGCCAUUUUGGACCUCUGGCAGCGGGAGUACCGGUUUUUGCUCGACGACACGCCGUUGCAAAAGAUGUCCCGCGCCACGAACAACAUGCAGCAACUGCGGUUUUACGGGUCGUACUUCUACGCGAUCCGAGAACUCCCGUUGGGCCAUCUCGGGUCGAGUCCCGAAAGUGAAGUGCCGCUCAGGCCGUUGGUAAGGACCAAAGCCUUCAAGCAAACCCUCGCGACCACUGGUCUGGCGGGUCUCUUCACGGACAAAAAGCGCUUCGGCCGGAGCAACAUGCACUACUGGAUCUGCAUCGACCUUGAGGGCAUCACGUUGCUGGGGAGAAAGGCGCCGAAGAUGAAAAAGCUCUCGAACAACGGGCAGCUGCAGCCGGCCUACAACGCGAAUCCGAAUACAUCUUCCCGACCGAUUUCGGUUUCGCCGCGCGCAGCAGACCUCACUUUCGCCAAGAGGUUUCUCUACUUUACGGGCGCGCAGAGCUGCAUAACCAAGUGGGGUGCCAAGGAGAACGUGAUCUUGGUGCAGCUGCGGGAACCUGAUAUGCACUCCUGCAGCCUUUUUGUCUGCAAGAUGGCCUUGGACAUCGCGUACUGCAUGUUCCGGCUGUCGAAGACACGCAACACGAGCGGAGUGCCGCCCCCAAAAAACACCGGUCUCACGCCAACGAACGAAAUGAGGCAGAAGCAGAAAAGUUGCACUGGAAUGGCAGAUGCCCCACCCUCGGAGGCCCCCUCGGAGGCCGGGGGAAUCAGAAGCGGCACAGGCGGGCUGCUCGUUUAGUGCUGCAGGAGUUGGGAACUGCAUCUGCACCGCUGGCUGGUCGGUCAUCCAUUCGCGCUGCGUGUCGACGCUCAGUACUCCUCUGGCCAUCGCGCUAGAUACUAUCUUCCGCUCUAUGCUUACAUAGUGCCUGUGUACUUCUUGCUAGAUAAACCAAGAUCAAGUCAUGAGAAAUCGAAAUGCGACGCACUACGUGAAUAAGAAUAUGAACAAGUGCACGAGUUGUAUCUUCCUAAAUGUCCGGCUCGUAGUAGUCCCAAAAGCUUUUGACGAAUUUUUAACCUCUGAUUACUUUUUGUGUAUUUCUGAUUCGCUGGCGACUUUUGCUUCAUCUUCAUUUUUGCCAAUGCUCACUUUAGUAUUCACCCACAAGGUGAUGAUAAGUACGUCAAAAAGAAAAAAGAACAAUUUCAAUUUUGCGCGCUAAAAAUUUCUUGCACCUGCAUGAUACCAAUAGGGAAGAGAGAAACAUCCAGAAUAAACAAGAGUAACGUCAUUGCAACUCACGGUAGAAAGUGCACGCAUAAUGUCAUAGCGAUCUUCUUGCGCCGCUAAGUCAUUCACCGUCAUGGUCGAUAUUUUAAUUUUUGUUUUCACGCGGGCGAUAUUUAUCUGAGAGUUUUGCGUUUGCCCGCGGCUGAUGAAGAAAGCAAAUAGUUGCUGGAAGCGUUUUCUUUUCCGCGAAGCAAGUUGAAUUUGGUCGCAUCAGGUGGAAAGCUUGAGAUUGAGCGUAAUUUCGAUGAUAGCAGGAGAGUUUAUUUUUUGCUCGAGUGACUACACUGCAAAGAAAAGCGAAAAGCUGUUUUUUUUGAGUCUGGGCCACCAGUCUGGGAAGUUGGCUUUCUAUUGACGAAGCAGAGCGGAAUAUGAUGUAGUCGAUGUUAAAAAGCGAUUGGCCUCGAUCAGGUUCAGGCCAGAAGUCACAAGC